AUGGCGCGGUUUCCAGUAGCCCGGCUGCUCCUGGCAUUGCUAGCAACGGCUUUCACCAAGGCGCAACUUUCCGAUCAGUCGCAGUACAGCAUCCCUUGCGUGAUGCAAUACGUCGGCUGUGUCCUCAUCCCAAACUUCAACACGGUCUUCAGCCGUCUACUGGGCGACGCUGCUCUGACUCCUGGCAAGUGCCAGCGAUUCUGCAGCGAUCUUGGUUCGACGUACGGAAGCCUAUACGACGGUUACUACUGCAGAUGUUCAAUUGUGCCCGAGACGGUAUCGCCUGUCAUCAUUUCAGUAGCCGAAUCUCUAUGCAACAGAUACCACUGCCACGACAUUGUCUUCAUCCUCGACGUCAACCUCCUCCGUCUCCUCGUCAUCUUCGUCCUCCUCGACGGACUCAACAACGUCGACCUCAACAACCUCAACGACCUCGACAACUUCAACGACCUCGACAACCUCAACAACCUCAACGACAAGAAGCAUCCCAACGUUCCCAGUCAACACCCUAGUUCCCGCCCCCCUCGCACCAGCACGGUACAUAGCUUGUUCCCCUCGGCGCCUUGUGGCGGUGCGAUUCCGUUUGAGCUGGGCGCGCCGGUGUACACCGUGUACCAGCUGGACGAGAGCCUCCUCAACUCUACGAGUUCGAGUUCAUCUUCGACCCAUACUUUCGAGUACAUCAAGCCUACCAGCCAGCCCAGUAAUCUCAAGCACUUCUCCAUCAUCGUCGGCGUCAUCUUCAACAUCGUCCCAGGGAUCAUCAAGCAGCGUCAGUUCGCUCUACUACUCAAAUACAACCUCUCUAGCGACAACUUCAAGCCAGUCAGCGACCUUGAGCACUUCAGCCUCGACUACACCAGCGUCAAGCGUUCCCAGCAGCGGACCCCCCCUUACAACUCUACCGCUUUCUUCAACGUCUCCUACUUCAGUCUCUGCUUCAAUCCCUUCUGA